CUGCCUCUCUCGUCACUAGUAGCACAGAAAGAGAGAAUCUGAAUCACAAGGAAGUAUUUGCUCCCAGUUAUCAUCGUGGUUAUUCCUCUCAAGUUUCAGGCAAAGCAUAUAUCAAGUGGGUUGAAUUAACUUCUAAAAUGUCUGGAGCUGGAAAGUUUUUCAAGGCUUUAAUGAGAAGAAAACCUUUAGAAGUUGAUCUUGAAGAAACAAAGUUAAACAGAUGUUUAUCAACCUUGGAUCUAACAGCUUUAGGUAUUGGGAGCACUUUAGGGUUGGGAAUUUAUGUACUUGCUGGUCAGGUAGCAAGCACUAAAGCUGGUCCAGCUGUAACUAUAUCAUUUUUCAUUGCUGCUGUAGCAUCUGUGUUUGCGGGUUUAUGCUAUGCUGAAUUUGGAGCGAGAGUACCAAGAGCAGGUUCUGCUUAUGUUUACAGUUAUGUCACAGUUGGAGAACUGAUGGCUUUUAUUAUUGGUUGGAAUUUGAUAUUAGAGUAUGUUAUUGGAACAGCAUCUGUUGCUAGAGGCUAUAGUGGAUACAUCGAUUCACUUUUUAAUGGUACAAUGCAAAAGCAUAUGAAAGAAGUAAUGCCUAUAGAUAUACCAAAUGUAUCUGAGUAUCCAGAUUUCUUGGCUUUUGGAAUUACCUUGUUGCUAGCUGUGAUGCUUGCUGCUGGAGUAAAAGAAUCCUCUCGCUUUAACAACAUCUUCACUUUAUUGAACUUAGGUGUUGUAGUUUUUGCUAUAAUAGCUGGAGCUAUAAAAUCUGAUCCGGAAAAUUGGAGACUGUCUGAGGUGCCAGACGGUUAUGGAAAAGGGGGAUUUUUGCCCUUUGGUGUUUCUGGUAUGAUGUCUGGAGCUGCCACUUGCUUUUAUGGCUUCAUUGGAUUUGAUUGCAUAGCAACAACAGGUGAAGAAGUAAAGAAUCCUCAGAAAUCUAUUCCAAUCAGCAUUGUGUUAUCUCUUCUCUUUGUAUUCCUUGCUUAUUAUGGUGUUUCAACUGUCCAAACAUUGAUGGUGCCAUACUAUUUGCAAAACAAUCCUGCACCAUUGCCCUAUGUAUUUGACUAUGUAGGAUGGCCAGCUUGUAGAUGGAUAGUUGCUGUUGGAGCUUUAGCCGGACUUUCCACAAGCUUGUUAGGAGCAAUUUUUCCUUUGCCAAGGGUUUUAUAUGCAAUGGGCUCUGAUGGGAUAAUAUUUCGUUUCCUUGCAAAAGUUCAUCCUCGUUAUCAGACUCCAUUGAUUGCUACAGCUGUAUCUGGUGUUUUUGCUGGGUUCAUGGCAAUGAUGUUUAAUGUACACGAACUUGCUGACAUGAUGUCAAUUGGAACUCUUCUAGCUUAUUCAUUAGUAGCCGUUUCUGUUACCAUUCUUAGGUAUCGAUGUGAUGGAAAGGAAUCCAGAUGCAACAGUGAUGCCAAGUAUUCGAGCAUCAACGGUGAAAAAUCCAUGAGUACUAAUGGUCGUACCAAAUCUCCAAGUUUUUCUAACUCUGUGGCUACAUCAUUGGAGAAGAUAUCUGACAGCUCGCUAAUUCGUCAGCUUUUCAACUUAAAUAGAGUACAAAAACCUACUCAAUUUUCAACAAAAAUAAGUGUUUGGUUGAUCAGUAUAAUUUGUUUACUAAUUUGUGCUAUGGAUGCUAUGCUUGCUUUGGAUGAAGAAGGAUUGAUAACCUAUGAAUUACGAUCCUUAAUUUCUUUGGGAGUUGUUCUUUUUAUUAUUUUCAUUUGUCUAAUAAUGCUACAAAGACAGCCUACUGAGCAGAAAAAGCUUUCCUUUAAAGUUCCUUUAGUUCCAUUUAUUCCCAUGCUAAGUGUUGCCAUAAAUGUUUACUUGAUGUUCAAGCUAUCAUCUCUGACUUGGCAGCGAUUUGGUGUUUGGAUGGCUUUAGGCUUCUGUGUUUACUUUUUCUACGGUAUGUGGAAUAGUUCUGAACGAAAACAGAUUCACGCCCCAGCUGUUUAUGUUGUCGAUGCUGCAGAUGUUCAACCUUUAGCUCACAAAGACUUGAAUUCUGGGAUGAAAGGGAAAGCAAGUAUAGAGAGUAAUAUGUCGGAACUUAUGUCAAGUGUAGCCUCUGCGGAUGCAAGAUUAAUAUCAGACAACCCAUCAAAUAGCACCAGAAUAUAAUGAGUGUUGAUGUCUUUUUUAAACGAACUAUAUUUUAUAAUUUGAUUGCAGAAAUAUUUUUAAAAUGUUUUCCAAGAGUGACGAUUUUCAAAUGCAUUCUAACAGAAAUGAGUAAAGUUUGUUUUGAUAAUCUUAUUUGUGGCGAAGCCAUAUUUUAGCAACCUAUUAAUUUUAGUGAUGAGCGGAUAUUCAUCUGCAGGUGCACUUGUAAAAUGUAAUUAUCUUAUUAGUCAUUCAUCAUUUUAUUUUAUUUUUUUUUAUCAUAUGCAUCAUUUCUUACAUAUACUUAUCAUUUUGUUUUAUGCAUUUUUUUUUUCAAAUUUAAUGGCAUCUGUACAUUUUCAUUUUUAAAAAAAAUCAAAGUUGUUAGGUUUUGUAUUUUUUUUAUUUUUAAAGGAAAAGGAUAGUAUUACAAAAGCAGAAGUUUGUUGUCAAUUGUUGUGAAAUGAAAUUAUUUUUGAGAUCUGAAGAAAAUUGUCUUGUUUCCGCUUAACACGUUAUGCCACCUUAAUAAUUGUUUGGUUAUAAUAAAUCAGUCUGCCUGCAGUGAUACAAAGCAGAAUUUAGAAUAAUCUCAAAAAUGGAGUCACAUUAAGGGUUAAUAAGGAAGUAGUAUGUCACACUGCAUACAAAGAAAACUAUUGAUCAUCAUCUGAACAAAAUUACUCUUUAGAAUUCCAUGAUUUAGAAUAUCAUUGGGACUUUCUACAUGCUUUGUAAAAGAUCUUCAAGUGAGAAGUAAUGCUUAAAAUAUGUGAAGUUUAAAUUUGGGAUUAAAAAAAAUAAUAAUACUUUCUUUUUUCACUAUGUUUAUAUUAAUAGUUGCUACAAUGUCUUCCACCCAUCAUUUGAGGAACAGAGAAGGGGGAUGGUAAAUCCUCGUGGAAAAAAAAAAAAAGACUAAAGAUCAUGUUAAGUACAUAAGUUGGACAUUUCAUUUCAUAUGUCAUAGCUAAACCUACUGUAUGGGUUCAACUUCAAAGCUUUUAGUUAAUAAACAUUUGCAUUUGCUGCAAUGGAGUGUGACUCUAAAACUUCUGUUUUAGAUUUGAAUGUUAGAGGAAGAUGUGUUGAUGUAAAAUCAGUUGACAACUUUACUCAUUUAUGUUAGAAAUGUUAGUUAAAAUUUGAAUUUUUGAAAUUUGUGUCUUUAAUUUGUCCUAUGUAAUAUUAUCUAGCUGUGAAAUAUGAUUAUAUUCUUAACUGGAAUAACUUCAUCAAAAAUGGUAUUUUUGAAAAUUUUAGUAUUUUGUUUCCUAAAACACUUGGAGCUUAAUGUAAAAAUGUUACUAUACACAAAAAUGUAUUUUAACAACUCAUGAACUUGGUUUGACAAGGUACUGCUUUAGCAUAACUCAGAAACACUCAGAAAAAAAAUUAUGUAAUUCUAAAUUUUCCUGAUGGUUGAAAAUAUUAACUUAAUAUAAGUUAAAUUUUUCAAGAUCAACAAAUAUUUUGAAUGAUGUCAUUGGCUGUUUAUGCUAUUCAUCAACUUAGCCAACAUAUGAAGUUAGAACCUUGUCAAAACAGGUUUAAAAGCUGUCAAAUAUCAGAGUUCCUACCAGUUAAGAGCAAAUGUACAAGCUAGGGGUCAUUAAGAUCAGGAAAUAAAUGUUCAAGUACAUUUGUGAGCAGAGUAAGUAGAAUAAUGUAGCUGUAAUUAAAGAGCCCCCUCCUUUUUUUUUACUAAGUACAGUAUAAACAAUAGAGUGAAUUUGAUUGCUAACGCUUAGCCCUCUUGUUUUCUCUCCAAGUUUAAUUUUUAAAUAAAAAAAUAUAUAAAUAAAACAUUAAUAAUAAAAUAAAUAAUGAUAAUAAUUAUAAAAUAAAUUUCAUAAAAAUAAAAAUCUGAGUAGGAUCAGGGAUUGUCUUCCAACUCUUGGAAUUUUUUUUUUCUAAAAAAAAUGUAAACAGUAGGGACUCUGCAUAUACAUCUGUGAUUUCUUAUGAAUAAGUAAUCAUAAUAUUUUUGUUUUCACUGUGAUACUUUUCAGUGUCUAAACGUUAAAUUGAAGCUGCGAGACAUGUCCUUGCUUUUGUUGAUGAUUCCGGUGCUUAUUGUCAGUUAGGCUUAUUGACAAAAGAACUUCUUGUUCUUUUAUCUGAUUUUUAGUGAAAUCAAUAACAUGAAAUAUUUAAACUUAUUCAUAAGAUAUAUUUUUUUUAAUUGUAAAUAUAAAAUGCAUAAACUAAUGAAUUUUAAUUAUUACUUUGGAAUUAGAAAAUUUUAUAUAUUAUUUUGUUGCAACUAUCAAAUAUUUAAUAUUAUGUUUUAUUGUUUAGUUUAAAAAUAUUGUAGCGUCAUAGAUUUGCCAUUUUUUAUUCUUUGAAACUCAUAUUCAUUUGUUACAUAUGAAUCAAAAAUACAGCUACUUUUUUUUUAAAAAAAGAUGAACUUGUUUUAUGAAAAGUAAUUAGCUUGUAUUAUACAUAAUCACUUCCAGGAAAUUGUUUUUUGAUUUUAUAUUUUAUUAUUUAUGAUUAUUAAAAUAAUUUCCUUCAGAUCUGUUCAGUCCUGAACAGACAAAGUUGCUUCUUCCGUAUGUGAAAUUCUAAUUCUCAUUAUUGGAAUGAUGCUCAUGGUACAUCAAAUUUAAUUACUUUAUGUUUAUUAAUAUUAUUUAUUUUCACAGAAAAAAAAAUUAUUUUUCAUAUUAGGGUAAUUCCACUGGUUAUUUAUUGACAUUUUUAAUGCAAAUAAGUAAGUAUUUUCUAACAUUCAACACAAAAUAUACUCUUCAAAAGAUCGUUUCUUCUUAAUUACUUAAUUUUUUGAACUUAAUUUAAUGAUGUAAUUGAACUCCUAAAAUACAUUUUGGAUGAUUUUUAAAAAUAUAUUAAAAACUGGGUAACUGACAGACAAUUACAAAAGUAACAUCUCAAUCAGUUCCCAUGUUUUAAAAAAUUAAAAAUGAACCAAAAUAUGUUUCGAAAGUUCUGUUAUACCAUUAAAUUUAGUUAAAAAAAUACAAUAAUCCAAGGAUAAGGACUUUCUGUGCAAUGUAUAUUUCGCAUUGCAAGUUACAAAGUACUUACAAUUUUGUUUUUAACACUUUCAGGUCUGAGCUAUUUCAACCGCAUAUCUCUCUCCAGACUGGGGGUUUUCGGCCCUUUGCAUGAUUUUUUAAAAAAAUACUUGGAAGAUGUGUAUCUUAGUAAAUUUUAUUGCAUUAUAUUCUUCAAAAUGUUUCCUUUCAUAAUGAAGGAACUAUUUGAAUGAAAUUGGAAUCAAUUUUCAGUAAGAAAUCAUCGAAAAAAACAUGUUUGAAACUAAAAAAAAUAAGUUCCGCCUAGGAAAACAUCCUUUUUAACAAUAAAAGUUUACAUAGACUAAAUUAAAAACUUACCUCAAUCUUGAACAAAUGUCCGAAAGUAGGUUUAAUUUGUAAACAUUAUUUAAUAAAUUUGGUUUUUGUAAGGUACAUUUCAAAGCACAAGCUCGAAUUAAAACCCCCAGUUAAAUUACCAGUCAGUUGCUCUUGGAAUUGUCCAUUACGGUUAUGAGUAGAAUUUGAAGACAGAAAAUGAUUCUCUGUAAAAGGAUUAAAAUAGAUAAAGUUUCAAUUACAUAAAUUCGCUAUUUCUGUCUAUUUCUUAAAUUAAAUAUGAAGGAUGUUAACAAAUGAUUAAAAUUAAUAUAGUUAACCCUUAAAUCAUUAUCAUACUUGAAGUACAAAAGAAACAAUGAGUAGCAGGUUCUGGGCCCAAUCAAAAUGGUCUUUGUGUAAUUUUACCAUUCCAUAACAAAGAUGAAGUGCCCUCUUAGAAUCAUUCACCUCAUUGUAAAUAACAACUGCUUCCUGCAACUUCCAAAUGCUUGCCCAAUUGCAGUGGUAAUUUUUCCUAAUUUCAAGAUUAUUCUGAUAGUUUAAAAACAAUAACCUCUUUCUGUCUCCUUUGUAAAAAUUCAACGUAUCUAUUUUAAUAAACUUAAAUAGCAAAAAUAAUAUUUUUCCUCAAGACUAUACAGUUAAAAUUUUUAAAGCCUGGAAUAGAAAUCAGAAUCAACAAAUCAACUCACUAACACAGAAGCUGUCUAUACAACCCUUUCCAAAAAGGCCAUAUCUUGAUAAGAUGAUGAAAACGGAACAGCAGAGUCCAAAUGAAGUCUUACGAAACUUCUGCAUGAUUAAAAAAGUUUGGAUUGAUGGUUUUAUUAAUGGCUUAAUCAACUCUUUAGAAUUAUUCAUAAUAGUUCUUUUGUGAAAUCGAAGUAUUCAUUUUUAUUUUUACAAUGCCACACUGCUGACCAAAGUUUAAUUGUUGAUCUAGUCUGACUGUCAGGAGAGGGCACUUUGCCAGACCUCGUUUCAGAAGCAUCCAUUUUUUAUGAAUGUGAGUAUCAUUGAGAAAAAUUGAAAUGGAGUGGCAAAAGUAUGGUUGUAAUAAAGAACUUGAACCUUGUAGUUUUUCCUUUUCGCCAACUAAAGCAGUUAUUGCCGUACCUAAGAUAUAUCAAUAAUAAAAUAAUCACAUAACAGAAACAUAUUAUGAGGUUAUAAAUACUUUAUUUUCCAUUCUGGUUAACUCGCUCUAAAAAUCUUAAAUAUUAAUCAUUUCGUAAAUUAUUUCUUUGCAAUAAAAAUAAACAUCAACCAACUUCAAUCAGCAAACAAAAAAUUUAAUUAUCCCAUUCACGAUAUUUACUGUUACAUCAAUUGAAAUAAAUUAACUUAUUAAUUUUAACCAGAACAAUGAAAACUCUUUGGUUUUUGUACUUUUUCAGGGUGCCAAAGUUUGUACUUGAGAUUUUGAAAGAAAACUUCUAUAUAAACUUCGUAAACAUUAUAAAAUGCUCCAAAAUGUCCAUCAACAAACUUGUCAGCCAGUUUCAAAGAUGUGCGUUUGCGUGUUGCAAUUAAAUGCUACUGUACCUAAUUUUUUGCAGCCAAGUUGCUUAGUUUGAUAUUAGCAGCAGUUUAUAACUCUUGUGGUGCAAGUUAUCACCCAAACAAUAACGAAAACUUAAUCGACUCGAGUAAUUAUUAGCACUUGACCUGUCUUGAAAAAGCACUCACAACACAGAUUUAAAACAUCACAUGUUGAAAUGUGCCAUACAUGGUAAAUAACACUUAUAGUGGGAAGCAUUUUUUAUACAGAUGGUUUGAUAAAAUGCAAUUCUGGCAAAAAAAAUUGUACUGUUAAAAUUUUAUUAAGAAAAACAGAUAUGAAAUCUGUUUCAGAAGCUCAAAGUUUUAGUUGCAAUUUUCUGCUCUAUAAAAAAAUAUUUCAUAACUUUUUCUAGAAGAAUUAUUGCAGUUAAAAUACACAGAAUAUCUUUUUAUAUAAUUUUGUGUUGGAAUGUAAUUAUUAACAGCAGUUUUUUCAUCUGUCACAAAUGAAAAGUUUUCAGAACAUAUUCCUUGAAUAUACAUAUAAAAUAAAUGAAAAGGUUUGUGAGAGUUUUGUAAAAUAAUGUUGUGUGAGAAAAACCAAAAAUUUUAUUAUUUUCCUAUGUGAAUGUUAGUGUUAUUUGUUGUCUAUGGAAAUAUAUCUAUAUACACAACAUUGUUUCAAUCAUACUUUUUUAAGCAACAUGCAUAUUUUUCUGCAUGUUGUAAAGUGUUGUUUUUAAUUUUUCUUUUUGCUUUGUAAAUAUAUAACUUGUUGAUUCGUUUCUUUUAUUGCUGGACAUUGUACAUUUUGUUAUGUUUGGAAUCACUUAACACUAUUUUAAGUGUUAUGUUUGUAUGUGUAUUAACAUUCAUUGUUAAGUUCAUUUUACUUUAUGAAGUAUUUGUAAUUGCUAUUAAAUGUUUUUUUUAUUUAA